AUGGACAGACGACGUCGAGCAUCGUCGCUGACGACGUUGGUCCUUCUCGUCCUGCAAACCGCCGUAACGAUCUUCGCCGUCUGCGGCACGAUCCACGCCGAUCCAGAGGGUAAGACGGCGAUCUUCGAGUCGUCUGUCGAGGAGGUCCAUCGGGGGGAGAACGAUGACAACGCGGUGAUCAUUGACGCUACCAGUGAUACAGAUGCCCGACUGGACACGAGAGACGGUCGUGGAAUCCUGUGGAAUGGAGUCUCCGACAGCGAGUCCUGUCUAACGUCGAAAGGAGAGAUUGGUCGUUGCACCAGCUUCAAGGAGUGCUAUCCCUAUUUCAAAAUUCCCGAUCUGAGCGCUCUAGAUGGCUGGGUUCUCGGCGUUUACGACACCUGCAGCUAUACCCGAGAAAAUGGUCAGACGAAUUUCGGAAUUUGUUGCUCCAACAUACUUCCGGUCGUUACCCCACCGUCGGAUAACACUGAGGACCCUACCAUAGAUAAUACUCAGGAAGGAAACAGCACCAAGGAGGAAGAGACGACCGUGAAACCAAGGCCACAAACGCCAGGUUCCUGGCCACCACCGAUCCCGACGCAUCCACCUGAUCAUACCAUACCACCGCUGCCCACCCAUCCGCCAUAUCUCGAAUUGCCAACAUUCUCAACGAUAAAACCAGUUUUCACGUCGAAAAAACCUGCCGUUGCGACGACCUGGCCAACGAAGAAACCUGCCUGGUGGCCAGGUGCUCCUGCUGUACCAACCACUAGCGAGAAACCCUUAGGAACUAUUUCCAGCAUCGAUACGUCUCAAUGCGGGGCAAAGAACGGUGUACAGGAUCAGGAACGGAUCGUGGGAGGUCAAAACGCUGACCCCGGCGAAUGGCCUUGGAUAGCGGCGCUCUUCAACGGUGGACGGCAAUUCUGCGGUGGUUCCCUCAUCGACGAUAAACACGUUCUUACUGCAGCUCACUGCGUUGCCAACAUGAACUCCUGGGACGUAGCGAGAUUAACGGUCCGUCUUGGAGACUAUAACAUUAAGACGAAUUUAGAAGUCAGACAUAUCGAACGACGAGUGAAACGAGUAGUCAGACACAGAGGUUUCAAUUCGCGAACUUUAUACAACGAUAUCGCGUUACUCACCCUUAAUGAACCCGUUCCGUUUACGAAACAAAUACGGCCCAUCUGCCUGCCAAGUGGCUCGCAACUGUACUCUGGAAAAAUUGCCACGGUUAUUGGCUGGGGUUCCUUGAGAGAAAGUGGGCCACAGCCAGCGAUACUUCAAGAAGUAUCGAUACCUAUCUGGUCAAACAGUGAAUGCAAGUCGAAGUACGGUGCAGCAGCACCUGGUGGUAUUGUGGACAGUUUCUUAUGUGCGGGACGAGCUGCGAAGGAUUCCUGCUCGGGAGACAGCGGUGGUCCUUUAAUGGUGAAUGACGGUCGCUGGACACAAGUGGGUAUCGUCAGUUGGGGUAUCGGAUGCGGUAAAGGUCAAUAUCCUGGUGUUUACACUAGAGUAACGCAUUUCCUACCUUGGAUUUCCAAAAAUUUGAUGAAGUGAAACACGCAUUAGAAGAUCCAUUAGUCUUACUUAAUAAACUAUAUUGUUUUUCGUCGUUGUCAC